GGCCGCAGCAGCCACCGAACAGCCCCGGUGCCAGGUCCCAACCUUUCCCGGGAGUGGAAGGGGAAGGGGAAGGAGGGGCCAAUAAAGAAAAGUUGGUGUCGGAGGAAUCCUCUCUUCCAGUGCGGCGCCCACCAUCUCCCGGGUUCCUUUAAUACCUGAAAACCACCCCCUCGCGGCUGUGGGGUACCCAGGCUCGAGCAGCAUGACUACGGAGACCUUCGUGAAGGAUAUCAAGCCCGGACUCAAGAAUCUGAACCUUAUCUUCAUUGUGCUGGAGACAGGCCGAGUGACCAAGACAAAGGACGGGCACGAGGUUCGAACCUGCAAAGUGGCUGACAAAACAGGCAGCAUCAAUAUUUCUGUCUGGGACGAUGUGGGCAACCUGAUCCAACCUGGAGAUAUUAUCCGACUCACCAAAGGAUAUGCUUCAGUGUUCAAAGGUUGCCUGACACUGUACACUGGCCGCGGGGGUGAUCUGCAGAAGAUUGGAGAAUUCUGUAUGGUUUAUUCUGAGGUUCCUAACUUCAGUGAGCCCAACCCAGAGUAUAGCACCCAGCAGGCACCCAACAAAACUGUGCAGAAUGACAGCAGCCUUCCAGCCACCCAGGCUGCCACCGGACCCCCUUCAGUCUCUCCAGCAUCUGAGAACCAGAACGGGAAUGGACUGAGUGUCCCACCAGGUCCUGGUGGUGGCCCACAUCCCCCUCACACUCCUGCCCACCCCCCCAGCACCCGGAUUACUCGAAGCCAGCCCAACCACACACCAGCUGCCCCUCCUGGCUCCUCCAGCAACCCUGUCAGUAACGGCAAAGAAACCCGCAGGAGCAGCAAGAGAUAGCAAGACACUCUUCCUUCCCUCCU